GUGGAAGUCGGCCUCCAGGCGCCCAGGAUCCUGGCUAGGAUCUGCUUCGGCUCUGGAAGGGCGGCGGCAUUGCCAUUACUCAAUCCUCGUCGCCUCCGGUCCCCUCCUCCCCUCAGCGGAUAAACAAAACACCAGCGCGUGACUUUAAUGCCUUAAGAGCAGCCUCACCAGUUUAGAAAAGUUGCUUCUUCCCGCUCCGAGCGUCGGCGCUCUUUCUUUCCCAAAUCUUUCGGCGGCAAAUUGGGUGGAAGGCGCGUUUGAAAAUAAAACCUCAUUUAGGUGCUGUUUACUUUUGGGAGACUUGUUGACAUCGUUCUUUGAGGCUUCGUAUCUUUUGAGAUCAUUUAAUUUGCUGGAGUAACCCUACAAAAUACAGUAUGCAUUCGAGCUUUACAAUUUCAAACUCGUAAGGGGCAUAGUGGUUCAACAGAUUCCCUUCCACCUUAUCCACAGUUCUCCCACGGGCGGACGCAGCACGGGCUGAGAACGCUUCUGGCCCUCGGACCUCUUCCUACUCGGCCUGGUGAGCGCCGCGCCGAUCGUCGAUCGUCGGGCGCCGGGAGGCCCAGGCAGCGCGCGGAACAGGAAGAGGCGUCCUGCGGCUGCCGGCGAGAGGGGAGGAGACUGCGCGGACCCGGGCGGCGGCCCUCUCGGGAGAGGCGGGCAGGUGGGCCAACGGGAGAGGACGGCUCUGUCCGCAACUUACUAUUCCUUUUCUCCCCCUCCCCUUCACAGGGGGGCGGCUGACGGCGGCGCGAUGGACCUGGCUGGGCUCCUACUGGACGAAGAAGGCACCUUUUCCCUCACCGGUUUCCAGGACUUCACGUUCCUUCCAGGACACCAAAAACUGAGUGCUCGAAUCCGAAGGCGACUCUAUUAUGGCUGGGACUGGGAGACAGAUUGCAGCCUGGAGGAGCUCUCCAGCCCUGUGGCAGACAUUACUGUGGAACUUCUUCAGAAAGCAGCACCCAGUCCUAUUCGCCGACUCCAGAAGAAAUAUGUAGCUCACGUGUCCCGGGAGGCUUGUAUAUCCCCUUGUGCUAUGAUGUUAGCUCUGGUGUACAUUGAGCGGCUCCGGCACAGAAACCCAGACUACCUGCAGCACGUGUCCUCUUCUGACUUGUUUCUGAUCUCCAUGAUGGUGGCCAGCAAAUACCUUUACGAUGAAGGGGAGGAAGAGGAGGUCUUCAAUGAUGAAUGGGGAGCUGCUGGGGGAAUGGCCGUGUCUACUCUCAAUGCCUUGGAAAGGAGCUUCCUGAGUGCCAUGGAUUGGCGUCUCUACACUGAUCCGCGGGAGAUCUUUGAGGUGCUGAAUUGGCUGGAGAGCUGCGUGGCUGAGCAGCAAGGGCGUCGGCGUGGCUGGUACACCUACACAGACCUGUGUGUGCUGCUGGAGCAGCCGGCGUGGCAGCUGUCUCUGGGCUCCCUCUGCCAGCGGCUGGUCAAGCUGUCCUGCCUGUUAGCCGUGGCAUAUGUGAGCAGUGUGGCCCUAGCUGUGGCGUCGGUGGCUGUAAUACACCAGUCCUUGGGGCUGUCCUGCAGCCCCUCGCCAGGCCCUCCUGACCUCAGACUGGUUUCCAAAGGCCUCUCGCAGCCCUGCAUGCCUCCCCCCAUGCCACAGUGCCUGACUAAUGUCUCCAGCUGCCCGGAAGGCAAUGUGGAGUGGCCGUCACUCUGGGGCACCCUUCUGGCCUCACUGACACCCCCUCCAGUCCCUCCCCCAGACCCCCCGGCCCCACCUACUCUUCUCCACAAAUGCCCCCUUUGCCAGAAGUUCCAGAGAAAUCCCCCAAACUGCCGUGCCUGCCACCAGCCUAACCGUACGGUGUCUAUUGGUCCUUCACGCCCCUUCUACCAUACCCACGGCCUGGCCCCACCCUGGCUCUCGAACCCGGUAGCCCCUCCAUUCCUCCAACCCCAGCAGUGUUCUCUUUUUAGUGUCAUGGAGCUGGCCCGUCUCAAGUCUUUCAUUUUUCCAGGGUAGGCAGGGCUCUGAGGAACUCAUUACGAGGUUUUGGGAGUCCCUAAGAACCUGGGAGAGGAAAACUUGAUUUAGAUUUUUGCUACCUCUCUGGGUCCUUGGCUAGUCUCCUGUCCUCCUGAGUAGGAACCUGGGAUUCUGGGGCAGAGCAAGGUUGGUCACCCUCCUAGACCUCAGAGGCUGGCUAGUGGGUUAGGACAUCGAUAGUGCCUGGUACAGUUUCGGCUCAGUUACCAGCGGCAUGUCACCGACGACGACGACGACGACGACAGAGAAGCACCUCUCUUUCUGUCUUCUCAAGCCUGGGGGGUGGGGUAGACUUUUGCUUUUGCUUUUCCAAAGAUGGGAAGGUAGAGGUGGGGGGUGUGGGAGGUGGAUGAGGGGGGAAAUGAGACAUUCAUGUAGUUCUGUAUUUGUGAUGUCCCCGAGGCAGGAAAACCAGGGACGGAUGGUACCAAGAUGGGAGCCGCUGAGGGAAGGCUUCCCGAGGCAGGAAGCUUGCCACGCCCAUCCCUUGGAUGUAGUUGUCACAGCCAAGGAUUCCGGGGCCCUUCAACCUUGUCCUUUUGUCUUCCAACCUUAGCAUCCUGCUCCAAGGCUUCCCACUUGACCAGUUCUUUUCCAGGUGUUCUCCUUCCGGGCCUCGCCUCUCUGGGCACCACUGCUUUGUAUCUGAGUUUUUUCACGCUUUUGUAGAACUGAGGUUUCAAUAAACAGUUUCUGUUGCA